CCUCAAGGCUCUCAUAUGUCGUUCCUCUUAUUCGUCUCAAGUCGAAAUGAAUGUCCUGUUCUUCCCAAGUGGCUUCCCUCCGUCUGCCUCUUGGGAUUACCUGCCCUGGUGAGUGAAGCCGCGUGGCUGACUUGUCUCGCUAGGGGCUUCUGAACCCGUCGCCACCCCCGUCUACCUUCAGCUUUCUACACAGCAGUCAGAGGCUCUCUGAAACAGUCUUCCUUAGACCUCAGAUAUAUCAGCACUUCUUGGCUUCCAACUGAAGCUUGAGAAAAAGGUCUGGAAGCCUGCUAGUUAGGAUCUUGGGUCCAGGAGACACCCCAUCUGGCCCCUUGGGUAGGUUUAACAGUACCGAAGCCUCUUACCUCAGCGGUCACCCUUGGUCAAAACUUUGUGCACAAGACCCCAGCUAGCGACGACCAGAGACCGUGCAAAUGAAACAGCCACAAGGAGCGCAGCCGAGUGCAUGGCUCGUGACGUUCGACCCUAACAUAUCAUCCCAGGGUCGAAAGAUAACUUUACUCUUUCUUUUCCCUAUUUUCAAACUGCUGGCAGCCCUUGGCCAACCCUUAAUUAAUAUUUUCCAUUACCAAGCAAGAAGCAUCGUCUUGCAACCUCCGAUGGCGAUUUGGAUGAAAACUCGCGGCUUCGGUUCCGGGGUUGACGGCUUCUCCCAAACAUCCGUGACCAUCAUCUUCGUCUUUCUUGCUAUCUCCCUCUACAAUUUCAUCGAGCUCAACUGCAUCAUCUGGUGGACGUUCAAGCGUCAUGCUGGCCUGUACUUCUGGUCCUUCGUAGUCGCUACCUGGGGCAUUCCCCUAUACUGCGCGGGCUUUCUCACCAAGUACUUGGGGUCCCCAUCGCUGGGGUACUUUUCCUGCACGUUGAUCGUGAUAGGCUGGAUAUGCUUGGUCACCGGUCAGUCAAUGGUGCUAUGGUCCCGGGUCCAUUUGGUGCUGCAGGACCGAAAGCUUCUCAAGAUGAUCCUGUGGAUGAUCAUCACCAACGCUAUCGUCUGCCAUGGAGCCAUCAUUCCAAUGGUGUAUGGUUCCUUCUCCAGUAACCCUGAGAUGUGGCAGAAGCCCUAUACUAUCAUGGAAAAGAUCGAAGUCACCGCCUUUUUUCUUCAAGAGGUCAUCCUAUCCGGUUUCUACAUCGUCGAAACAGUCAAGCUCAUGAGGCUCGAACGGGCCAUGGGGAACACCGGGUCGAGCCGCCGUUUGAUGAAGCACCUUAUCCUUGUCAACGUCCUGAUCAUCUUCCUCGAUGUCACCAUCCUCGGUCUUGAGUAUGCGAACCAAUAUGAGUACCAGACAGCAUACAAGUGCUUCGUCUAUAGCACAAAGCUGAAACUGGAAUUUACCAUCCUAAAUCGUCUCGUCGAAAUGACGACCGGAAACAAGGAUCUCAACUCCGGGUCAUGGAGCCGGAACAAUAUCACUCUUACUAAGACCAGUAUCGGCCUGAAAACAUUGAUCGACAAAGCAGGCGGCAAGCCUACAGGUGGUGUUUCAUAUCCGGCAUAUGCCAGGGGAGGUGGCGAAGGCUCCAAUGGCAGAGUACAGAUGCCAUCGCCUCAAGAUGACAAUAGUGUCACAAUGUCGACGGAGGUUACCGUCCACCGCGCGGAAAGACGGGAUGGUGAGACGAGCAUCUGCAGAAAGUCAUCGGCCGAGCCAACCAUUGGAGUGGUGAAGGUUUUUCUCGGGAAGACCAUGUCGAAGUCAUCAUCCGAGGUCGAUCUUGCAACUCAUGGUUUCUAAUGGGCAGAAUGCAGCUUCUUUGCUUGGAAAUACCCUCCAGUUCUGCCGCACGGAAUGCGACGCCUAGCAAGGGAUAGAGUGGCGUGGUCUUUCCGCCGUAUUGCCAAGAUGGGUUGUGGUAUUAACAGUCGUUGAUGUAAGAUGAACAGUAAUCGUGGGGGCUUUCUUCCGGACACACUUGUAGCAAACCCAACUAUUCCGUGUCUCAUCCUUGACUUCCUGGAGGUGUUGAAAAAAUCCGGGAAUCCCCCUUCCCUUCAGGAUUCAGACUGUUAGUCUGAAAGUCCUAGAUUUAAAAUUCAAAGUCCUAGAUGAAAUCAUCUAGAGAUAUAAACCCGAG